CGCCUCCUUCAGGGGAUGCACAGCCUUGCACCGCCUAGGUCAGUGACUCAGCUGGGCCUCUGGCAUCCUAAACUGGGCACUGCGCCAGCCAAUGAGCGAAGUCCACUGGGGGACCUACCCAGGGCGUGCCCUUCCAGGGAACCCCAUAAAAUAGACUAUGGGACUCGGAGCUACAUAUUUCUGGUCCUGCACAGAACCGGGAAAGAAGUCAACAUGGUGCUCUCCAGCUCUGACAAGACUCACGUGAAGUCGAUCUGGGGUAAGGUGGGAGGCAACGCCGGUGCCUACGCCGCUGAAGCCCUGGAGAGGACCUUCCUCAGUUUCCCCACCACCAAGACCUACUUCCCCCACUUCGACCUGUCCCAUGGCUCUGCCCAGGUCAAGGGUCAUGGCCAGAAAAUAGGCGAUGCCCUGACCCAGGCUGUCGCCCAUGUGGAUGACCUGCCCGGGACCCUGUCCAGCCUGAGCGACCUGCACGCCCACAAGCUGAGGGUGGAUCCUGUCAACUUCAAGCUCCUGAGCCACUCCCUGCUCGUGACUCUGGCCAGUCACCUCGGCAAGGAAUUCACUCCCGAGAUCCACGCCUCCUUGGACAAGUUCUUGGCUGCCGUGUCUACCGUGCUGACUGCGAAGUACCGUUAAGUCUGUGUCGGAGGCCAGAGAUAUCCCCCGCCACCGCGGUGGCCACCAUCCAAGCUGCCAGACACUCAAUGUCCCCAGCCCCUCCCUCCCCGCAUGGACAGAUGGAAGUAUUCGAAUAAAGUUUAAGUCUGCCAGAA